AUGAAACAUGCUACAAGCAAUAAAGAUAUUGACAUUGAUGAAAUUUCAAAUAAUUCUAUUUUAAAAAGAGCCCACAAAAUAAAAAUUCACCUUGCAAUAAAGUGCAAAGAAAAAGUUUCAAAUGAAAUUCAAAUGAAGAUACUUUGGAAAAUUCAAAGUGAAAACGAGCAAAUGCUAACUAAAACACCUAUUUUAAAAAAAAGAAAAUCAAACUCUUCUAUGUUACCUCUGGAUUUUUACUAUAAUACAAAAGAAGCUAUUGAUAAAAAUAAAGAAAUAAGAGCCAAUAAAUCACUAAUCAAAUAG